UGCUCAUCCCAUGAGCUCUGUAGAGAUUGGUGAAAGUGUGAGAGGAGAAGAUGUGUAUAUCAUCCAGAGUGGCUGUGGAGAGAUUAAUGACAACUUAAUGGAACUACUCAUCAUGAUCAAUGCUUGCAAGAUUGCAUCAUCCUCCAGAGUGACUGCAGUAAUUCCAUGUUUUCCAUAUGCCAGGCAAGAUAAGAAAGACAAGAAGGGAGCCGUGGAGCGUUGGAGUCGUGCUCCAAUCUCUGCCAAACUUGUUGCCAACAUGCUGUCAGUUGCAGGAGCUGACCAUAUCAUCACUAUGGACUUGCACGCUUCUCAGAUACAGGGUUUCUUUGACAUUCCAGUAGAUAACCUGUAUGCAGAACCUGCAGUACUACAGUGGAUAAAAGAGAACAUUGCGGAGUGGAGAAAUUGUAUCAUAGUCUCACCUGAUGCAGGUGGUGCGAAAAGGGUUACUUCAAUCGCUGACAGACUAAACGUGGAAUUCGCUCUCAUUCAUAAGGAGCGGAAGAAAGCCAAUGAAGUAGACAGGAUGGUCUUGGUUGGUGAUGUGAAAGACAGAGUAGCUAUUCUUGUUGAUGAUAUGGCUGACACAUGUGGCACGAUAUGUCAUGCAGCAGACAAGCUGGUGUCUGCUGGAGCCACUAAAGUUUAUGCUAUUCUGACUCAUGGAAUCUUUUCUGGUCCUGCUAUUUCUCGAAUUAAUAAUGCAGCUUUUGAGGCUGUAGUGGUAACAAAUACAAUCCCUCAAGAAGAGAAAAUGAAACACUGCCCUAAAAUUCAGUUUAUUGACAUUUCUAUGAUCCUGGCUGAGGCAAUUCGAAGAACACACAAUGGUGAAUCAGUGUCUUACCUGUUCAGUCACGUUCCCUUGUAAGUGCCAGGGGUUGUGCUGCAUCUUGGAGA